AGAGGCUGCUGGGAAGAAAGGUCAAGAAUCGAUGGCCGUGGUAGGCGCGGAUUAAACGUCACCGCUGCAAGAACGAUGCUCGCUUAAAUAGAACAAACUAAUGGCCCUGGGAAAACUACUUUAAUAUUUAAAAUGAAACACGAACGCCUUGCUUCCUUUAACACAGCAAACAUUUUAAUGAGCUAUUGUCUGUUUUUUAGAGUCGGGGGGGCUAGCUGCCGUUAGCUGGCUAGCAUCUGCAUUGUUAUUGUUUUCGCUUCACAAGGCGACCAUAAAACACUGUUUCCCGAGGUCCCCCAGCCGAGGCCGGGGCUCGGACUGCCUUAGUGAUGGUGUUUUGUCCGCAACGGGAAGAUGGAUGACAAAUCCAGCAGUGGCAGCAGCCACCACCGGGUCCUGAUCGUCCUGCUCAUGGUGUUGCUCUUUGGCGUCAUUAUGAUCCAGUAUGUUUGCCCGAGCAGGUCAGAGUGCCAGAUGCUCCACCAGCUGGGGACGUGGUUUAAGGACGGCAGCGCAACUGGUUCCCAGAGCAGUGGCACUACGAUGCAAGACGGACUCCAAAAGGAUCCGUAUAUCGCAGAAGAUGGCGCUCUAGUCCGCUUUGUCCCUCGCUUUAAUUUCACCAAAGCCGAUUUAAAUCGUGCUGUGGACUUCAACAUCAAAGGAGAUGAUGUGAUAGUUUUUCUGCACAUUCAGAAAACGGGCGGCACGACGUUUGGUCGUCACCUGGUGCGCAAUAUUCAGCUGGAGAGGCCCUGCGAGUGUCAUGCGGGUCAGAAGAAAUGUACCUGCUACCGGCCAGGUAAAAAGGAAACCUGGCUGUUUUCCCGUUUCUCCACCGGCUGGAGCUGCGGGCUCCACGCGGACUGGACUGAGCUGACCAGCUGCGUCCCGUCACGCAUGGAUUCUCGAGAAGCUCCCGUGGACCUGCCCAGUAGGAACUAUUAUUAUAUAACCAUCUUAAGAGACCCAGUAUCACGCUACCUGAGCGAGUGGCGUCACGUGCAACGUGGCGCCACAUGGAGGGCCUCCUUACAUGUGUGUGAUGGACGUUCACCAACACUGUCCGAGCUGCCGAGCUGCUACUCAGGAGACGACUGGUCAGGAUGCUCCCUGCAGGAGUUCAUGGACUGCCCCUACAACCUGGCCAACAACCGGCAAACCCGCAUGCUGGCUGAUCUCAGCCUGGUGGGUUGCUACAACGUCUCCACCAUGAGUGAGGAAGAGCGCUGGGCACUUCUUCUGGAGAGCGCCAAAGGCAACCUGCGAGUGAUGGCCUUCUUUGGGCUGACCGAAUACCAGCGUAAGACCCAGUAUCUGUUCGAGCGCACCUUCAACCUGGAGUUUAUUGCACCCUUCACGCAGCUCAACGGCACGCGCGCCUCUAGUGUUGCGGUCCCCAAUGAGACGCAAUACAGGAUCCUCCAGCUAAACCGGUGGGACGUAGAGCUGUACGAGUACGCCCGUGACCUCUUCCUGCAGCGCUUCCAGGUGGCGCGACAGCAGGAGCGCAGGCAGGCCAGGGCGAGGCGGCAGCAGGAGAGGAGGCGGCUCCGUGGAAGGCUUGCCACGAAGCCAGGGAGGCAGCUGAAGCCCACAGAAGCACCCCGGCACCCACUGAGCCACUCUGUAGUAACUGAAGAGCAGCUGAGGGGAAAGGCUGGGGGAGACGACGAGGAGUCAGAAGUGCUACUCCCAGACUGGUGGGAUCUGGAUGAGAACGGCACCAUGGAGGAUUACAUGGACAAUGUGGAGCAGUGGUAGUGAGUGACUGGAACAAGCAGUAAUUGUCUUAAUGCUAAGUGUGCCAUGUUCUGCCUUGUCGGUUGUUAAGUAAUUAUUACUAUUAUUUUAGUACAUGCAUUCCACUAAAUAGAUUUUUUUCCCCCCAUGAAUCAAUGACACACAUGUAUUUAUUGAAACUGAUUGUAUUUCUUUUCCACAGCUGACAUUCAUAAUGAAUACUUUCUUUGGCAUAAAGGGAGGCUUGUUUUGCUAACUGCAAUGCAUUACCUUUCAGCGAUCACACACGCCUUCUAGAUUGUUCUCCAGGCUUUUUAACACAUCUGAACUCUUGUGAUGGAGCUAAGAAUAAGGGAGGAGGGGGCUGCUUAUCUUUUCUUUUGUUAAAAAUAACUAUUUAAUACUUGUGUCUAUACAUAUUAUACUACUGUUUGUGAUAUACAAUCGAUAUGUUUGCCAAAAUGUUGUCCUGUCUGAAAUGCGUACAUUUUAAAACGUACCUGUGUUUUUAUGUGUCUUUUAAGUACCAGAAAAGGAGACUGGAAUUGUAAUAGAUACCUCAUCGUGUAGCAUUAACUGCUCAUUUGUUAAAUCCUGAAUGUGUCUAAAGUCUGAAUUUGUUUUUAUAUAAAAAAAAUGCUUUUACAGUUA